CUCUGUUCAUAAUUCACGUUGUUGUGUUUACUAUUAAAGUUAUAUGCGUAAAAUUCGUAAAAGUUUUGCAGAAUAUAUCCUAUUCAUAAUAAAGUCUAGUUUGAUGUACCAGAUCAUUCUGUGGCAGAUAUAAUUAAACUUAAAUUGUAUAUUCAGUAUCGGGUAGCCGUAACUUAUUUCUCUAAAAAAGAUUACUAUGCCACAUGAUUUAAAGAGCCUGGCUGCCAGGAAAGCACUGAUGGCUCCACUCUCACCAACUCCAUGUGCAGAGAUCAGUGAUGAUGAGCUGGUAUCUAUAUCAGUUCGCGACCUUAACAGACAGCUUAAGAUGAGAGGGCUUACUCGAGAUCAGAUUGUUAGGAUGAAACAACGGCGCCGCACAUUAAAGAACCGUGGAUAUGCAGCCUCGUGUCGCAUUAAACGAAUAGAACAGAAAGAUGAAUUGGAAACUGAGAAAAGUCAGGAAUGGCAUGACAUGGAGUCAAUGCAAGACGAAAACAACAGGAUUCGUGAAGAAAUAGAAGCUUUGAGGUCGAAAUAUGAUGCCUUGAGACGAUUUGCUUCUAUGAAAAGUAUUCCUCUACCAAGUGAAUUAGAUAUUAUACCUUAGUAAACAAAUAUAACUUUAAUAUGAGAAGAGAAUAUCCUUUUGUAUAGUUAUUCAAUGUUAAAAUACUUAUCAAUUGAAUACCAUUUUUAAUAUUACGUGUUAAGAAAAAUUUUUCAAUGCACAAAAAUUUAUUUUGUUUCAAUCCUUAAUAUAUUUUGUAUAGGUACCGGCAAACAUCU